ACCAUGACCAGGGAAGGCCAUCAGCAUGAGAGAUGGGAAUGGGAGCUUGUGGAGUAAAUGGGAAUGAAUAAAAGGAUUUUUAAAAUUAAUAGGGACUUGGUAUCGGAAAGGGGUCUGGCUCACAGGUGCCUAUGCUGUCCCUUUCCAAGGAGCCAGUGGGUGUCAGGAAGUUGCUAGCCUUGGCUGGGAGGCAACUUGUGUACUAUCUCCAGUCACAAACCUAGAGCCAGACCUAGCCGGUGGGAUACGUAGCAUUUAGCACCAAAAGAAAGCUCUGGUAGCAAAGAGUUUCUCAGCAUAGUCUGCUUGGGCGAAUGUUGGAAAAUGCUGCUAGGUGUGCCAGCUUCUUCAUUUUCAGAAGCUCUAGCUGGUGUUAUUUCUGGACCUUUGUUCCGCUGUCUAGCCAGGAACAUCUUUCGGCAAGAGACUUUCUGAUUAAAUUAGCCAAAGGGUAUGUCCCAACGAUUAGACUCGGCAUUCUUUGGCCAGAGGAACAUGUAACGGUGAUUGCCUGACUUUGUACACUAUGAUAGGUUGAGAUAAGGGGUGUGGUAUAACUGGAUGUGAUAAAGCUUGCUAUUGGAGGUCGCUGAUUCAUAGGGUCUCCAUAUGUCAUAAAUGGCUUGAAAGCACGUAGCAUACACAAAGCUGGGCAUGAUGUAUCUGUAGUUACUAAAAUUGCUUGAUGUCUGUCUUAAGCCUAGAUCACUGGCGUUGGCAAUUUCUACAACCUGUGUGGCAGUGCAACUACUGGCUGCAACGUUAGUUAGGAUUCUCUGACCUCUUGCUGAAACCCAAUAGACUGGUGGCCACUGUGAGAACAGGAUGUUGGAUUAGGUGAUGAAGUUUAUUGAGAAACGACAGACAGCAUCUCAGUAUGUCCUGAUUGACACUCCUGGGCAGAUUGAGGUAUUCACCUGGUCUGCCUCAGGCACCAUCAUCACUGAAGCUCUGGCUUCCUCCUUUCCGUCGGUGGUGGUUUAUGUGAUGGACACAUCUCGCAGCACCAACCCUGUUACAUUCAUGUCUAAUAUGCUGUAUGCCUGCAGCAUCCUGUACAAAACAAAGCUUCCAUUUGUUGUGGCCAUGAACAAGACAGACAUCAUCGAUCACAGCUUUGCAGUGGAAUGGAUGCAGGACUUUGAAGUCUUCCAAGAGGCCCUCAGCCAGGAAACUACCUAUGUCAGUAACUUGACUCGCUCCAUGAGCCUUGUGCUGGACGAGUUCUACAGCUCACUCAAGGUGGUGGGUGUUUCUGCUGUCCAGGGAACAGGGCUGGAUGAAUUUUUUGAACACCUCUCCAAAGCUGUUGAUGAAUAUGAAAGAGAAUACCGUCCAGAGUAUGAACGCCUAAGGGAAAAAAUGGGAAGGAUUGAAAGCCAGCGGCAGCAGGAGCAGCUGGUGCGUUUGCAGAGGGACAUGGCCCCCCUCGCAGCAGAGAGCGCUCUGCCAGGGUCAGGCUCAACGGCAGAGUCUUCAGUGGGGCCCUCGGCACUGAUCCUGACUCGAGGAACUGUGGAGGAGGAAGAGGAGCAGGAGGGGGGCCACGAGAGCGAUUCUGAUGAUGUUGAUCACAAAGUGACGGAGGAAAGGCACGAAGAACCCGCCUUCCAAAACUUCCUGCAGGAGGCCAAGCUGCGCUACCCAGCCAGAAGCAGCCACUAGGGGGAGCAAGAGGACGCAGAGCAGGUGGAGGGGUAGGUGGAGCAAGAGGAAGAGGCUGUGCAGUGAGACUGGCCAGCUUCCCCCCACAUGGCCCCCUGGCUGCAGUGUUGGCUCCCUGGUCAUGCUCCUAGGACUUCCCUUGGCAUGCUGGCUGGGUUGAUGGAGGCAGCUGGUCGUUUGCUUGGAGGCUGAAGCUGAGGCAGCCUGCAGCAGCCUCUUCUUGGCUAGCGAUUCGCACAGAGGAGAAAUGGAAGAGUGUGCAUUGGAGAGAGCCGUCUUCCCAGUUCACAUGUGGUGAAUUCCGUCUGUAAUAAUGUGUGUAUUCAAUUUGCAACUUACCAUUAAAUGAUUUAUAUUUUGCUAUGA